AUACGAAAACAUAGCAGCGCCGACAAAAGCUCAUGGAAGCGAGAGCGGCAGCGGUUUUGGAUAAAUAAAUGUUUGAGUUAUGUAGAAAAACAUUUCGGGCGAGAAGAUUUUCGUUUUCGUUGCGAUUCAGUUAACAUUUGGCAAAAGGAUUCCGCCUAAAACAGACAAACCGACGGAUGACGCGUCAGACCAAGUCGCAAAGUCGUAACUGUGACAAGUUUCCAACUCAAGUUCAAUACAAGCGGAUACGUUAAAUGCAACGGUAACGGUAACGGAAUCGGAAUCGGAAGUCACGUUGCACAGUUGAAAUUCGUGUUGAGAAAUAUCAAAAUAAAUUAAGUGAAAAAAGCGCAUUAAUCAGUUCCUGAGAAAUAGUCAAACAAGUGUUACGUCCUAUUCAUAAGUUAAGCAUUUCAUUAGCAUAAAUAAAUACGCUACAAAUACAAAUACAAAUACAAAUACAAAUACAAAUACAAAUACAAAUACAAAUACAAAUACAAAUAUAAAUACAAGGACAGCUCAUUUUGGUGCAGUGUACAAGAGAUAUAUAGAAUAGUUAAAGCUAAACGCCCAAAGCAUGCACACCAGCACGGAUCCCAUGCACGCCCUGCACGACUGCUCCUCCCAGUCGCCGCCACUGCACAAGGGCCAGCGCGGCGGCGUCGCAGCCUCGCGUGCCGCCGCCGCCGCUGCGGAUGAAAUGUCCAUGAUCUGCGACGACAGCGAUUUUGAGUCGACGGCCGCCGGCGGCAGCAGCAGCGGCGAUAACAACAACAGCAGCGGCGGCACCGUCAACGGCAGCGCCGGCACCGGCGGCCCCUUGGUGAAGCCGCCGUACUCCUACAUUGCUCUGAUCACCAUGGCCAUACUUCAGUCGCCGCACAAGAAACUCACGCUCAGUGGAAUAUGUGAUUUCAUAAUGUCCCGUUUUCCAUACUACAAGGACAAGUUUCCCGCUUGGCAGAACUCCAUUCGCCACAAUCUCAGUCUGAACGAUUGUUUUAUCAAAGUGCCGCGCGAGCCGGGCAAUCCGGGCAAGGGCAAUUUUUGGACACUGGAUCCCCUGGCGGAGGACAUGUUCGACAAUGGCAGCUUCCUGCGCCGACGGAAGCGGUACAAACGAGCGCCGGCCAUGCAACGAUUCUCGUUUCCCGCCGUCUUUGGGACGCUGUCGCCGUUCUGGAUACGGAAGCCGGUGCCGCUGGUGCCGGUGCACUUCAAUGUGCCCAACUUCAAUGGGAAUCGCGACUUUGAUGUGAUGCACACGCCCAGCGAUGUGUUCGACACGGCGCUGCGUGUGGAUAAAAAAUUCAACUUCUUUGCCAAUGCGGAGGCUUCAUUCUAUCAGAACAACAGCGAGAAGUUCGAUCGCCUGUCGUUCAUCAACCGCCGAACGGACGCCGUCGACGCACUGCCUCCAGCCAGCAGCGGCAGCGCCGCCGGCGAUGCCAGCAGAGCCAACAAGUACAAAAAUCCUUAUGCGUUCGAUGUAUCCGCCGCCGCUGCGGCUGGCCUUGGAGCCGCGGAAUAUGCCGAGCGAGCCAACUAUACGGAUCUCAAUGUGUACAAUGAUGAUGUGGAUGGGGAUGGGGACGAUACCUCGUGCGAUAAAAUUGAUGUGGAAAGCGCCAAUGAGCAUGAGCAGGACUCGCAUAUAUCGGACUCCGUGGAUUCGGUGUGCACAAAUCCGAAUCGUUUAGAUGUGGCCACAGAGGCCAUCACACGCGAUCCAGACCCCGAGCCGGAGCGCAAUUCGCCCUAUGCGAUGCUCUUCGAUCAGGCGGAGGCAUCCAACAGUUCGCUCGCGAUUACGUCCAGUCCCAAGGUGGCCACGCACAGGAACACACUUACCAGGACGACCUUGCUGCAGAUGAACAGCGAGCCCGCCAAUCUGAGAUGCGCCAGGCAGACCAUUGCCAAGGACUUUCGCAUCGAGACGCUCAUCGGACACGGGCACAGCGAUGGGGCGGCCAGUGAUUAGUGAUCCAACCGGGACGGAACGGAACCAUCUGCUUGUGUAAAAUAUAUUCCAGUGAUUUCAGUUAAAGAUUACGAUCUAAGCAUAUUUUAACACUUCGUCUGAACGUUGUAAACAUUAGCUGUAGUUUGCGGUAUACACGGAAUGCAUCUAGACUCAUGUACUCCUCCCUCCACACAUCCGACAGCGUGUACACUGAAAAAAACUUUAGCUACAUUUUAGAAAAUCACCAAAAAUUAAUACAGUUUUUUCUCUAUUUAAAGAAAGAGAUCUGUUUGGACGAUUUCGAAAACAAUUUUAAUUUAUGGCGAUUUUCUAAUAUUGAGUGGGAAUAGUUUUGAAGUGUAGAUGCAUAUUCGAGAUACUUUUAUGCCAGCACAAAAUUUUAAUGCGACCAAAAAAAAAAAACAAAA